GGAAGAGGAGGAAGAGGAAGAGGAAAGGCCGGGCGGCUUUGGCUUUAGGUUGUACGGUGUCGGCGGCUCUCCUCCGGGCGGACGAUGGACAGCCAGGGCAGGAAGGUGGUGGUGUGCGACAACGGCACUGGGUUUGUGAAGUGUGGCUAUGCAGGUUCUAACUUCCCAGAACACAUCUUCCCAGCUUUGGUUGGAAGACCUAUUAUCAGAUCAACCACCAAAGUGGGAAACAUUGAAAUCAAGGACCUUAUGGUUGGUGAUGAGGCAAGUGAAUUACGCUCCAUGUUAGAAGUUAACUACCCCAUGGAAAAUGGCAUAGUCCGAAACUGGGAUGACAUGAAACACUUGUGGGACUAUACAUUUGGGCCAGAGAAACUUAACAUAGACACCAGAAAUUGUAAAAUAUUGCUCACGGAACCGCCUAUGAACCCAACUAAAAACAGAGAAAAGAUUGUUGAGGUCAUGUUUGAAACUUACCAGUUUUCUGGUGUGUAUGUAGCUAUCCAGGCAGUUCUGACUUUGUACGCUCAAGGUUUGCUAACUGGUGUGGUGGUGGACUCUGGAGAUGGUGUGACUCACAUUUGCCCGGUGUAUGAAGGCUUUUCUCUGCCUCACCUCACCAGGAGACUUGAUAUUGCUGGAAGAGAUAUUACCAGAUACCUUAUCAAGUUGCUUCUGUUACGGGGAUAUGCCUUCAAUCAUUCUGCUGAUUUUGAGACUGUUCGAAUGAUUAAAGAAAAGCUGUGUUAUGUGGGCUAUAAUAUUGAACAGGAGCAGAAACUGGCUCUAGAAACUACAGUAUUAGUAGAGUCCUACACGCUCCCAGAUGGCCGCAUUAUCAAAGUCGGGGGCGAGCGAUUCGAAGCACCAGAAGCUUUGUUUCAGCCCCAUUUGAUCAAUGUAGAAGGAGUGGGUGUUGCUGAACUGCUUUUUAACACAAUUCAGGCCGCAGACAUUGAUACCAGAUCAGAAUUCUAUAAGCAUAUUGUGCUUUCUGGAGGAUCAACCAUGUACCCUGGGCUGCCUUCACGGCUGGAACGUGAACUUAAACAGCUUUACUUAGAACGAGUUUUAAAGGGAGAUGUGGAGAAGCUUUCUAAAUUUAAGAUCCGCAUUGAAGACCCACCUCGCCGAAAGCACAUGGUCUUCCUGGGUGGCGCGGUCCUGGCAGACAUCAUGAAGGACAAGGACAACUUCUGGAUGACCCGACAGGAGUACCAAGAAAAGGGCGUCCGCGUGCUGGAGAAGCUGGGGGUGACUGUUCGGUAAACCCGGACUCCUUCCGCCACAGCCCUGACUGCUUCCUUUUUUCCUUUAUUGCCAAUCUUUGAACACAUUCAACUCCGUGACACAGAAGAGGCCCCUCUGUGCCCUUUGACUGGCAAGGUCAAGCUUUUUUUCUGGGGUCUUGGGGAAGCAUUGUUAAAUAUUUGUUAUUGUGGGUAAAUCUGACUGUUUUAUUCAACCACUUGCCUGCAGACAAAAUGAGAGGGCAAAGGGUCCUGUCCUGGCAUUGUUUCUUCUUUAGAUCAUUCCUGUAGGCUUCCUGUGUUCACUUCACUGCUCCGGAGCUGCUAGUGUUAGUCUUUAGCGCACUAGGUGGUAUGCCUUUAUUAGCA